UGUGCAUGUCUGUGGUCUGUCAGACGCUCUGCGUUUGUAGUGGCCAACCAUCCGUGUAGCAUGAGACGGCCAUCUGCACCUUAGAAACGAUGCAACAUAUGCCUGAAUUCCGGAAUACCCGCUGUUUUCGACCAUUGAACGCUACCAAAAAGACCAUCUGUCCUGACAGACGCUUAUACAGACCCAAAGGAGGGAGCCGAGACUGAGGGGUAGAUGUAUCACCAGGAGCGAGUGCAGUAUGAAGAAAGCAGGCAGGCCAGUGGGGAAUAAGGCAGCAAGUGGAGGAGGUAAAGGUGACACAGUGGCAGCUGGAAGCUCUGCUGGCAAAACUGCUGUUAAGAGCCCUACCACAGCUCCACUCUCCAAGAUCAAAAGCAAUGAUGAUCUUUUAGCUGCUAUGGCUGGGAGCAGUGCAGGGACAAACAGCAGUAUUGCCAAGGGCAAGAAGUCAACCUCUGCUUACUCAAUAUCCUCUGCUACAAACACUAAUAACACUGAGAACAAGACCAAGACCAGCUCAGGCCCAUCUGGCAAACGAACAUCAUCCACGGCCGCCAAGGAGUCAAACUCAUCAAGAGAGCAUUUAAGGAACUCCAGAAACUCAAGCAGUAAGAAGCAGUCAUCCACUGGCUCUGAUAGAGCCCAGCCCAGGCAUUCCCGUGGACAGGCUCAAGCAUCAAACUCGGAGAGACGUAUGAACAAAUCAAAGUCUGAAGGACAGCUGAGUGAUAAAGUGGUCCUGGAGACCAAAGUGAAAGAUCUGUUAGGUCUGGCCAAGAGCAAAGACGUGGAAAUCCUGCAGCUACGUAGUGAGCUAAGGGACAUGAGAGUUCAGCUGGGACUGCCUGAGGAAGAAGAGGAAGAAGAGAUGCCACCAGAGCGGGAGGUCGCGGCAGUGAUCUCCGCUGCAGAUGUGGAGUCAACAUUGCUUCUCCUACAGGAGCAGAACCAGGCCAUCCGUGGUGAGCUCAACCUGCUUAAGAAUGAAAACCGCAUGCUGAAGGACCGUCUCAAUGCCCUGGGCUUCUCCCUGGAACAGAGACUGGAUGGGGCUGAGAAAACCUUCAGCUAUCCCCCUAUCAGUCCUGACCCUUCCUCCUCUGCGGGCAUUGGAGGUCAUGGAGACUGUGCAACUGUGGCCUCCUCUGCAGAGGGAUCAGCACUAGGCUCCAUGGAGGACCUCCUUACUGGGGGCCAGCAAAGUGGCUCAACAGAUAACCUGGACAGCGAGUCCAGUGAGGUCUACCAGGCUGUCACCUCCAGCGAUGAUGCCUUGGAUGCUCCCUCAGGCUGUGGUUCCUUGUCCUCCUCCGAGUCUGAAGGUGGAGCUCCGGCAUGUCGCAGUUCUUCUCGUAAGGGAAGCAGUAGCAACACCAGUGAGGUCUCUGUGGCGUGCCUGACAGAGCGCAUACACCAGAUGGAGGAGAAUCAACACAGCACAGCCGAGGAGCUCCAGGCCACUCUGCAAGAACUGGCAGACUUGCAGCAGAUAUCGCAGGAGCUAAAUGGUGAGAAUGAACGGCUUGGAGAAGAGAAAGUACUGCUUAUGGACUCUCUUUGCCAACAGAGUGACAAACUGGAGCACUGUGGCCGUCAGAUCGAAUACUUCCGGUCACUUUUGGAUGAGCACGACGUGGUGUAUUCAGUGGAUGAAGACAUCAAGAGUGGCCGAUACUUGGAGCUAGAGCAGCGUUACGUUGAGCUUGCGGAAAACGCUCGAUUUGAGCGUGAGCAGCUCUUGGGUGUGCAGCAACAUCUGAGCAAUACUCUGAAGAUGGCAGAGCAGGACAAUGCUGAAGCUCAAAGUGUGAUCGCAGCUCUAAAGGAGCGCAACCAUCACAUGGAGCGUCUGUUAGAGGUGGAAAGGCAGGAGCGAGUCGGCAUGGCCGCAGUGCUGGAGGAGUGUAAAUCUGCUGUGAGCAACGAUCAGGUUGAGCUGAGCCGCUGUCGGGCCUUUCUGGAGCAGGAGAGGCAAAAGGUAGCAGAGCUCUACUCCAUUCACAAUGCUGGAGACAAGAGCGAUAUCCACCAGCUCCUAGAGGGGGUUAGGCUGGACAAGGAGGAAGCUGAGGCCAAGGCCGCCAAACUACAGGAUGAUCUGGGGCAUGCUCGCACUGAGGUGGCAUGUCUGCAAGAUACCCUCAAUAAGCUGGAUGCUGAGUACAGGGACUUCCAGAGUGAGGUUCAGAAGGAGUUAGCUGAGCAGAAGAGGGCGCUAGAGAAGCAGCGUGAGGAUAUGCAGGAGAAAGAGACUGAGAUCGGAGACAUGAAGGAGACCAUCUUUGAGCUGGAGGACGAAGUAGAGCAACACAGAGCCGUCAAACUUCACGACAACCUCAUCAUCAGCGACCUAGAAAAUUCCAUGAAAAAGCUUCAGGAUCAGAAGCAUGACAUGGAGCGAGAGAUAAAGAUCCUCCACCGCAGACUCAGGGAAGAGUCAGCAGAGUGGCGUCAGUUCCAGGCGGAUCUGCAGACUGCUGUGGUCAUUGCAAAUGACAUCAAGUCAGAAGCUCAGGAGGAGAUUGGUGACCUGCGGAGGCGCCUACAUGAAGCCCAGGAGAAGAACGAGAAGCUGGGCAAAGAACUAGAUGAAGUUAAAAACCGCAAGCAGGAUGAGGAGCGUGGCCGUGUGUAUAACUACAUGAAUGCAGUGGAGAGGGACCUGGCUGCUCUCAGGCAGGGGAUGGGACUGAGUCGACGCCCCUCCACAUCCUCCGAGCCAUCACCUACCGUCAAAACCCUCAUCAAAAGCUUUGACAGUGCCUCACAGGGUCCUGGAGCUAAUGCUACUGCUGUUGGCACACCAACUGUCGCCGUGAGCACAGCCACAACCACCACCUUACCCCGCACACCUUUUAGCCCCAGUCCGAUGAAGACUCCACCUGCUGCCGCUGUCUCGCCAAUACAGAGACACUCAGUCACUGGCUCUAUGGCUGCCGCCAAGCCCCUCUCCUCACUUACAGACAAAAGAUCCAGCUACACGGAUAUCAGCAUGCCAGCAGAGCAUCUACUCAGAGCGGCCAAUGGCAGUCGUCCUGCUUCAGCUCUCCAAAGAGUCUCUAACAUGGAAGCAUCAAAGGCCAUCACAGUCCCACGGAGAAGCAGUGAGGAGGCAAAGAGGGAUAUCAGUGUUCCUGAUGGAGUUCCAGCUUCCUCUCUGAUAACCAUGGGCUCUGCUGCACCUCCUCUUUCGCUGUCCUCUUCCUCCUCCCCCACAGCCUCUGUGAACCCCACUGCACGCAGUCGGCUACGAGAGGAGCGAAAAGACCCUCUGUCGGCUUUGGCUCGUGAGUAUGGCGGUUCAAAGAGAAAUGCACUACUGAGGUGGUGUCAAAAGAAAACUGAGGGUUAUCAGAUAAGAAAGAAAGUCAUAAGGGUUUUGAACAACAUGAGGAACAUCGACAUAACCAACUUCAGCAGUAGCUGGAAUGAUGGGAUGGCAUUCUGUGCUGUCCUGCACACGUACCUGCCAGCUCAUAUUCCCUAUCAGGAGCUCAACAGUCAGGACAAGAGACGAAAUUUCACCCUGGCCUUCCAAGCAGCAGAAAGCGUGGGCAUUAAAUCCACUCUGGACAUCAAUGAAAUGGUCCAUACAGAAAGGCCAGACUGGCAGAGUGUUAUGACUUAUGUCACAGCUAUCUACAAGUAUUUUGAAACCUGAGCACAUAUAUCUAAAUUAAGUGUCACGCCUCAGCACAACAAAUCAUUAACUAACCCAAAUGCAACCUCCAACCACAUCACCCAGGCCUAACCCUAGCACAAAGCAUGUCAAAUCAAGUUAAACAGAUAGCAAAGAACAGCUCCGUUAGGAUACGUUGAUAUGACGUAGGAUAUAUUGAUCUACAGCACCAUUGAAAUCCUCUAAAGUGGGAUACAGAUGCUAAUGCAGCAUCAGUAGUAUGCCUUGACAGUUCUAUUGUGUGCUGGGAGAUGAACACUGUAGACUAUGUAGUCACUACCACUAAUUCCUGGUGUGGAUCAUCCGAACUGUACUGCUGCCUGUGCCUGUGUAUUUUAAAUCAGUUCACUUUUAAGGAACCUCUGGGGACCUGUUUGCAACUUGUGCCUUUCGCCACCCUGAGUACUUGCUUCCUGUGUGAUGACGUGUUUGGAGCAUGUUCUUCCUCUUAAUUCACCAUUGUAAAAAAAGGACUUGUUUUAAAAAACCAAGAUGUGUGGAUUGCUCAGUGAAACACUUUGUUGGAGAAGCACUUCAGAGAAGAAUUGUACGGUAAUAUGAAUUGUUCAGUCACUAUAGCACACAUUCAGUAGUCUACCUUUAUAGAGGAUUGUUUUAAAAGCUUAUUGGGGGCACCUUUAUGUAUGACUGUGACGGAUCUUGGCUUGAAAUACUACAUAUUAAAUAGAGAGAUCAGCAAUAAGCUUAUGUAACUUGUUGAGCCAAUUCAUAUGACAUUAUUGCUGCUCACCAUUAAACCAUAAGAUACUGUAGUUAACACUAUAUUCAGAUAUGCAGCCCAUCCUCAUGUAAUUGUCCUGUGUUUUCACAGAAUUUAGCUCUGUAAACCAAUGCCUGAUAUAGUACACCAAAAAUGAAAGCUUUCAAGAUCCCUUUUUGUUUGUGACUCAGUUAAGCUACUCUUUCUUCUGUACUUAAACUUAUCAAAUGGUUUGUUCUAUCUUGGGAUAAGAAAAUCGUAUCAAUAUUUAUACAGAUGAAUAAUUAUGAUUCAUAAUAUGCUAUGUGCAGUGAUAUGGAUACUGCAGAGCUCUACCAAGUCCCCUCACAGUUUUAUGUUUUGCAAAGCACAAUAUUAAUCUUUGAACUAUUUGAAACAUUCAAAUGCACUAAUUCAAGCUGUAAAUGAAACUACAUUCCAGCGCAUGAGUAUGUACAGUAUAAACAGGAAUUAUAGAUGGAGAUUGGUUUCUGCUUGUUUGUUUGAGAGAGAUAUCACAAGAAAUUGAAAAGCUAUCGCUUAUACCCUGCGGUGCAGCUGUGCUGAAUUCACACAUAUGAAAGAGCACACUCCACUCCAACCAUCUGCAAAUAACAUUAAAAGUUGCUCAAAGUUCUGAAUGGAUGCAACAAGGAGAAAGUCCAAAUAAAAAUGAUAAAAUAUAAUUUUUUUAAUGUGCUGGAUAUUUGACCCUUAAUGCUUUGAUUCUUUUAACAGAAUAUACAUUUUUUAAUUCCUCAGGAUUGUUUCACAUUGUAUGAAAUAAGUCCUACUUGGAUUCCAUGGUAUAUAACUAAGCAGCCAUUUUUAGCUCUAGAGUUAUAUUAUUAUUAUUAUUGCGUUAUAUUUUUCUGAAAUACUGUCCUGUAAAUGUUCCGAGCUCCUUGAGUUUGACCGUUCCUCGGGUGUCCUUACUUACCCGCAUCAUGUAUUCAUUAAACAGCAAUGAAAGAUAUUUUCUUUAUAUUUGUCCCAAAAUGCAGUGUCCAGCCACAUUUUUUUAGUUUUUUUUUUUCAGUUUGAACCUCAUAUCUAAUUCAGCUCGGUUUUGUAAAAAGAAAUGAGUGAAGUUAGACCUGUAUUAAAUUAGCAUCUUUUCAAUGUGCUUUGUCCAGCUUUCAUCACAUAAAUAUGAAUGUAAUACAGCAGAAGGCAUCUUCGGGUCUGUUGUCUAUUGUUAUUGUUACGUUAUGCCAGAUAUAUUCUUUCAUUUGCUACCAAUUUGUCUUAUCAUUUCCUUAUUUUAUUUGUAUUGUGAGAGCACUAUGUUAAUACAAAAAAAGUAAAUGUAUUAAUUUUUUUUAUAAAUAAAGUGCAAUCA